AUGGGCGGCGCAGCCUUCGCACACGCGGCGGCGAAUGGCCAGCCAACGCUACGAACGCCACGCAUGAGCCCUGAGGUAUAUGAACACCUCAAACUCACAUAUCUGCGGCGACUGAAAGAUUACUUCCCGGAUCGUGAAGUCAUCACUCUCAGAGAAGCACCAGAAAAGACUGACUUCGGCGACAUCGAUUUCACGAUUGCUUCAGACAGGCCUGUCGACCCUAUGCACCUAGCAAGCGCACUGGGUGCAGCAGCCUUUCUCUCCUACGGGGGACUCCACAUGCUUGCCGUGCCCGUGGAUGGCACAAAGCACCCUCGAAUACCUGUAAAGUACACCGUCCUCAAGACCGCAGAGCCUGUUGACCAGCUCAGCGAGGAGACAUAUGCGCAGAUCGACAUUGAUUUGGUGAAGCCCGACCUCUUUGCCUGGCACUCCUUUUACUCUUCCUAUGGCGACCUUUCCAGUAUACUUGGCCAGAUUGUGAGCAAUCUCGGUUUCACAGUCACGGAUAAGGGAAUGAUGCUGCGUCUUCGCGAGCUUGAUGACGCCAAAGAUAAUUCUGUCCAGCUCCAAAUCAGUGAUAAGCAAGGCAUGCUCUUCCUCUCUAAUGACCCUGAUCAGGUAAUGGAGUUUCUGGGCUUGAACUUACGAAUUUAUCAAGCUGGCUUUAGCAGCAUGAACGACUUCUACGCUUGGCUCGCGCGUUGCAGACUGCUUACGCCAGACUACGUCGGCAAUCUACAAUACAAGCGAAGGGACACAUCCAAUCAGCGACAAAAGGAGUACAAGCGACCCGCGAUCAAAAGUUUCUUCGAAGAGUAUCUUCCAGCGCACGUCGGAACAGAAUGUGCCGAGAUCGAAGAUCCUGAUAUGUGGCGAGCAAAUCUGGCUCGGCGCAGAGAGCAAUGGCGAAAUGAGGCCGUCCAAUUCUUCAAGAAAAGAGAAGAACUCGAGCAGAUGCGCGUUAAACUUGUCAAGUCGAUAAGCAACCAGACUGCCGACUUCCUUGUCAAGCCUAUAGUAUCGGCAAAUUAUGGUGGAAACAAGCAGAAGGUCCAUGAAAUUGUCAGAGCGAUGCGGCGCUGGGUAGGAUUCGAGAAUGGUCAGCCCCAGAUUCUGGCAGAAAGUCACAGUGACGAAGAAUCACAGCUGCAUUUCUGGCUUGAAGGUGAUGUCCUGCGAGAUCCGGCAGCUGUGAACACUUGGAUCGAGGAAAACUGGGCCCGGUGUAAGGCACUGGAGCGCGAGAACCGCAAGGGAUAGGAAAUGCAGACGCGAGAGCGUAUCAUGCGAAUCAAAGGGUAGGUCACUGCCAUGAUUUCUACACACCUUCAGACUGCAUUCUUUCCUUGGACACUAUGUCGAGACGGGUUCUCAUCAUGGGCUUGUCCUUGGUCUUCUGGCAAUUCUUAUGCGUAUCUAAUGCCACUGCAAUCGACUACGGUAUCCGCUCUAUCACAAGCGCGUCUAGCAUCGAACUUGGGGAGAUCGAGAUGCUUGCCAUCACCAGCGAUGGCGGCUUGGAGACGAAUUUUUCCUUAGCGUUUACCCAAAGGAAGGAAGAAGUUAGAGGACGCAAACACCUGAUGAAAGGGGAAACGUGUGCUUGCGCAGAGGAGAAUGGUUGAUGCUUACCUGCGGGUGGCAGUUCGUCUCUCG